UUCGGGGCUCUGUUCUCUGUUCUGUUCAGAUCUUUUCGGCAUUACUACAUGCUAGUGUAAAGGGUUCUCUGCUCCACCGAAAGUUGUCUUGCGGCUCUGUGACGGUGUGGACGAAUAAUAAAAAUGAAUCUUCUGCCGUUCCUGUUGCUUUUGGUUCUGGCCUCUGCCAGCGUCUCGCCCUUUCCCAUGUUGUACAAGCGCAAUCCCGACGAGAAGUACGAGGCAGAUCUAGUGCCCGUCUCCUCCACCGUCAUCCCGCUGACAGUGCUCGAGGUGAGCUACGGAGCUGGCGGCAAGCCCAGCGAGGCCUACAAGGCGGCCUAUCUGCGCAAAUUGCGCAAGCAGGUGCUCCAGCGGUCCGACAAAGGGGAGAAGGAGCUGGACGAGGAAGUUCCCACUGUCCUGGGCUUGGCCGCAGACCCACUAGCCCCCGAUUUAGCCGGACCCGCUCCAGCCCUGAUCACAGUGAAGUCGCAGCAGCUGGAGGCGGCGAGCAGGGCCAAAGUCAAGGCCGUCUGAGCAGCUACCAAUGGAGGUGGACCGGCCCGGACUGGAACAGAUAGCUGCGGUCUGCA